AUGCUAGUACCACCAGAAAAUUUUGGAAUAGUUGAAACAGGUAUUUAUAGAAGUACCAAAUUAGAAAGUGAGAAUUUUCCGUUCCUACAAACUUUGGAUCUAAAAUCAAUUAUCAUUCUAGAUACAGAGAAACCACCACGAUCAUUGAGUAAUUUUCUUGAAAAUAAUCCAAGUCUUCAAUUUUUUAAUCUUGGUGGAUUGAAGAUAUCCAAUCAUCAACAUACUGGUAUCACAUCAAAAGUAGAUCAAGAAGAUAUUGAUCGGGAUGUUGAGUUGAGAAUUAAUAAUUUUUCAUUCAAUACUCCGAAAACUUUUGCUAGUACGAUAUCAUUGACACGUAAAGAUCAAUGGAUGCUAAUUGAAAAGAAUAUUGUAUUGAAAACUUUUGAAAUUAUGUUUAAUAAAAAGAACUAUCCAAUGCUUGUGAUUGAUAGUUCAGCUACUUUGAUUGGAAUAUUACGAAAAAUUCAAAAAUGGAACUUCAAUUCUAUCUUGAAUGAAUAUAGAAUUUAUUCAGGAAUGUCAACGAAAAACAAUUAUUAUGCUGAAACUUUCCUUGAAUUGGUACAAGUGGAAUUGAUACCUUAUGAGCAUCAAAGUAGAAGCAGACGAAAUUCACGGGGUAAUACUAAUAUGUAUCUGAGAACGAAUUCUAUUGAUCUAGAGAAUGGAGAGAUUUCAGAAGCCAGUGAUGCUAAUACUUUGGAUGAAGACUAUGAAGCAGUAGCCGAUGAUGAUGAGGAUGAUGAUUUUUACGACGAUUUAGAUGAUGAUUUGCUUUCGGCAUCUCCACAAAUCCCAGCGAAUUUAUUAAAAUUAGUUGAACAAGGAAAUAAUAAUAGUAAUAACAAUUCAAGAGAUCAAAGAAAAAGAUUAAAUUCUAUGGAUGGGAAAAGAAGUUCGUUUCAUAGAACUAACAGUUUCCAUAAUUCGCCAUCUAUGAGUGGCGAACAUUUCUUGAGUAUGAGAGUUAACAAUUCCAAUCAUAACAGACGAAGAUCAUCUACACAUGAAAACAGUUUCAAUAUGUACAAGAAUAUGAAAUUUAGAAAUACUAAUACCAAAUCUCCUUCUGCUUCUGCUUCAGGUAUUGGAGAAGCUACUAGUACGUCACCAAUUUUGAGAAGAAGAUUAUCCUUAUCAAGAAGUAACAGUCAUGUUGAAUUCAAUACUUUGGUUGAUUUUAAAUACUAUCAUAACCUUCAAAAGUACCCUAAAACCUUUCAAAAUGUUAGUGUUUUGAAGAUUAAAUUACCCGCAGAGUACAAGUUGCCAGAAUGGUUUAUUGCUGGUCGAAACCUUUGGGAACGAGAGUACCAAAGAUUGAAUAGCUAG